CCACAAAGGAGCAAGACAGAAGCCGAUCCCGAAGGUAAACCUCCCUGAAACGGGAUUUCUCACUCCUUGAAACUAGACUUUUGUCGCCCUCAGUCUGUCAAAGAUUUAUUUAUUUAACAAACUGUUUUAUUUUUCAUACAACGACGUUGUGUUCUGAGAAACUAACUUUAGAAUCACAUUUAGCUUUAGCAGCUUUAGCAAGGUGGCGCCGGGUGUCGAAGGCCUUUUCACUCGAUGCCCCACUUCAAGUCAAAAUGACUAUUUUUAUUAAUCCUUUACCGCAACUGAAACCCAAGUAAAGGGCUUUGAAGUGCUAUAUUUAACCAGUUAUGGCUUUUUAUGUAUUUAAAAUGAGGAUGACACCGCUGCACUGGUUUGACCGUUAGUGGCUAACUCUAGCUAGCUGAUCUCUGAUUGUGUUAUGUAAAACGUGUGAUGAGCGGCUGAGUUUAUAGUUUUUUGUAAAUGUGUUAUGACAACUAAAAACACUCAUCAGAAAGCCGUAAGGUGCAAAUCAAACCUAACAUGUUUUUGUAUUGGGUAGUCUCAGCAACCAUAUACUGUUUGCUAACAGCUUAGCUUAACAGUUGCCGGCUUCUGUGUCAGUGAAUUUUAAACAAGGUCCACAAGGAACACACCAAUAUCAGCAAACGCCAUCUCUAGACACUUGUAUGGCAAAAAUACAACAUCCAUCUGUUUCACUUUACUCAUCAGACGUCAGGUCGCGAAAGCAAAAGGUCUUGCCUAGCCUCCUCCUGGGGGGAUCCCAAUGCGUUCCCAGACCAGACGGGAUAUUUGCAAUCCCUCCCCUUCUGGGUCUACUUCCCCCUGUAGGAUGUGCCCUAAAAACCUCCAUAGGGAGGAGACCGGAGGCAUCAAACCAGGUCGAAGGUGAGGGCCAUGGCUCGCGGGCAGCAGAAGAUUCAGUCCCAGCAGAAGAACGCCAAGAAGGCAGCGGAGAAGAAGAAGGCUCAUGGCGCUGACCAGAAAACCGCCGCCAAGGCUGCGCUGGUCCACACCUGCCCUGUCUGCCGGACACAGAUGCCCGACCCCAAAACCUUCAAGCAGCAUUUUGAGAGCAAACACCCCAAGUCCCCCAUGCCCCCCGAGCUGGCAGACGUCCAGGCGUAAGGCUUUGCAGACUGGACCAGAACCUGGAUUGAAAUGACCACGGCCUAAACGCUGCCCCACGGCACCCGGAGGAGGGCGGCGAGCACGGGGACCCGUCAGUAUUCACAGCCGGGGGGGAGGGGGGAUGGGGGGGCAGCAUGUGCUGUGUGCGUUUGUGGUGGGGAGGAGCGUGAAGACGUACACCAGCAGCCCUUCUCUUUUUAUUUUUGUAUUUAUUGUGUUACUGGUCCAGAUGUGGGGGGGUGGGGGGGCGUCAGCACUGACCUGUGGAACCCUCUGGGCUGAUUUUGGUUUGGAAAGCACAGCUUUGCGUCCUCUGUGCUGCUACUUCACCUGCACGCGGCUUCACGUGCACGCUCCUAACACCUCACAACUGUACCUCCCCCGCCCCCACCCCCCCCC